GCGUAUAUAAGGGGCUGGCUGUAGCUGCGGCUGAAGGAGCUGACCAGCCAGCUGAGUCCCCACACUCACCUAGCCACCAUGGACAUCGCCAUCCACCACCCCUGGAUCCGCCGCCCCUUCUUUCCUUUUCACUCUCCCAGCCGCCUCUUUGACCAGUUCUUUGGCGAGCACCUGUUGGAGUCUGAUCUCUUCCCAGCUUCUACUUCCCUGAGCCCCUUCUACCUUCGGCUGCCUUCAUUUCUGCGGGCACCCAGCUGGAUUGACACUGGGCUCUCAGAGAUGCGGCUGGAGAAGGACAGAUUCUCUGUCAACCUGGAUGUGAAGCACUUCUCCCCAGAGGAACUCAAGGUCAAGGUGCUGGGAGAUGUGAUUGAGGUGCAUGGAAAACAUGAAGAGCGCCAGGAUGAACAUGGCUUCGUCUCCCGGGAGUUCCACCGGAAGUACCGGAUCCCAGCUGAUGUGGACCCUCUCACAAUUACUUCAUCCCUGUCAUCUGAUGGCAUCCUCACUGUGAAUGGACCAAGGAAACAGGUCUCGGGCCCUGAGCGCACCAUUCCCAUCACCCGUGAAGAGAAACCUGCUGUCACUGCAGCCCCCAAGAAGUAGAUGCCCUUUCUCUAACUGCAUUUUUUAAAACAAGAAAAUUUCCCCACCAGUGAAUGAAAAUCUUGUGACUAGUGCUGAAGCUUAUUAAUGCUAAGGGCAGGCCCAAAUUAUUAAGCUAAUAAAUAUCAUUCAGCAACAGA